GUCCAGCUCUUCCGCUCAAUGUUCUCUUUCUACUCUAGUUAGACCUCUGGCCUAGACGCCCUACCACCCUCAUUUUGUCCACUGCGUCCUGCAAUUCCCUCUCGUCCCCAUCAUACUUAACUGAUGGAUCGUUCACUGUCCCUGUGUCGCGCGGACUCCCAGCCAGCCAUACCCAUCUGACGGCAAGGUCAAAUUGCGGGGUGACGGGCUCCAAAUCUCAUACAUACUGAGCAUGGCGUCGGCAUUCCAGGAUUCCUGGCAGAUUGCGCUCGGGGCUGAAAAGGAGCUUACGAAAAGCCUUGCGGAGAAGGAAUCCACAUUUACUUCAGUCUCACAUUUCCUUUCGGAAUUUCGUGCCGCUUGUCAGAAUGCCAUUCUUCAGGACUUUGAAUCUGCUCGCUCCAUUGAUGUGGAAGGCCGCCUAUGGGAUGCACAUCUCAAGAUCAAUACCCGGUUCCGCAAAUUACUUGCCCGAGCUCGCGAUAACAAUGGGAAGAACAAACCGGUAGAGAAAAGAAAGCUGGAGAAGCAUUAUCUGGAUUUCAUCAAGUCAAGCCAACGAUUCUAUCGAGGUUAUAUUCAGCACUUAUCGUCGCAUUUCGGAGGCAUUCCCGAGCUAGAGAAAGUUGCACGCAAAUUCAACUUUGGCAGCUUGUCUGCUCAAUUCCCGGUGAAAGCGUCUGAUAGCCUCCGAAAACAUGUCCUCCAAUCGUGCCAUGCAACCCUUAUUCGCCUGGGCGAUCUCUCCCGUUACCGGGAGACCGAGCUUGUCAGCAAGGAGCGUAACUGGGGCCCUGCCAUCGGGUAUUACGAUCUGGCUACACUGAUCUAUCCCGCCUCUGGCGCCUCUCACAACCAGUUGGCUGUCAUUGCUCUCGCUGAUGGCAAUCAUCUCAGGGCUACUUACCAUUUGUACAGGGCGUUAACCGCCAAAGAAGCCCACCCAUCUGCCAAGAGCAAUUUGGAAAUUGAGUUCAAAAAGGUUAUGAAUGCAUGGACUAAGAGGGAGUUGAUCCGGCCCGAGGAUGCUGGCAUCCCUGGAAGAUCAUUGGCCCCUUGGUUUGUAUAUCUCCAUGCGCAGUGCUACAAAGGGAUCGAUUUCUCCGAACAUGAUGAGCUCGAAAAUGAAGUGAUUAGCCAACUGGCUGUUGAUCUUAAAGAACGUUCCCUUGAAGGCACGUUGCAGAAAUUCUGCUUGAUUAACAUAGCUGCUGAAGACUUUGCUAGAGCGCAGCCAAACGAAAACUCAGGAAGCAAUGCGCGCCACUUUUUUCAGCGAAUUAAUGUGAAGACGUUCUUCACGCUGCUACAGAUUCUCUUGUCUGAAUUGGAGCGGUUCGCUGGAGAGGAUCCUAACAGUAAAGACGACAAUGAAAGCUCAGAAAAGGUGACCGUCGUUGCUCGUCGUAUUCUACCCGCUCUCCGGCAUUACAGUUCCUGGCUUCUUGUCGUCAACAGCGCAUUGGUGGCUCAAAAGGAGGAAAAGGAAACGCCGCUGUCUGUCCAGAUAAAAGAAUUCUGGAAAGUCUAUGCAAAUACGCUAACGCUGCUUGCCUCCACCUUUGACAUUGUGCAUCUCCCUGAAGUUGAAUAUCUUUUGGAAGAAGAUGAAGAGACCCUCGGGUUUGCACCGUUGGUAAAAGAUGCCACUAUCCGUAGGUAUUUGGAUAUACAUGGCGUGCAGAAACCACGUAUGAACGAUUAUGGAGUGGAAAGAAGCCAUCCCAGCAUUGAAAUGCUUUACCGAAUCCGCGAAUUCGUGAUUGACGGCCUUGAUCUUGUGGUGAACAACAAAAUCCCUGUUGCUCUCGUUGACAGUGAUGCCAAAAAGACUUUCAUUUAUAAGGAAGAGGGUCUCCCAUCCCAGUUCUUUUCAAGCCCUCAUGCACAUCAGCAUACGCUUUCGUCAGCUAGCAUUGAUCGAGAGGAUAUACCGCAGGCGACGCGGGAUUCCAGUUACGUCGGCGAUACUAGGAGCAUAUUCGGAGGCUCCCAGUCAGCCACAGCUUCUGUUUCUGCCAAUAUGCAUCGGAUCGUUGAGGGCGUAGAACGGCUAGUCGAGUCAGAUGUUAGUGAAGGUAUACCAGCGGCCCCAGAACAUCUGUCCUUCUUGGAUAAUGGUGGGCCACCAACUCCCCAAGCUCGUCUUUUCGAGCCUAGCCUGUCUGCAUCCUUCCACGACCAGAGUGUCCGCCGUGUUGGUACCCCCAUCGCUCCUCCCGGACUCUGCCCCCCAAUUACAAAGCCUGCGAUCUCCGACCAAACACUAUCACAAGCGUUUACUCCACGACCAGCACUCCCCGGUAUUCCCAGUAUCUGGAACACAACUUUGUCCCCACAGGCUGUGGAUGUUUCUUCGCCUCGGACUCCCCGGUCACCUCCCGGUCUCGGUCAGCGUCCUCUCAGUUCGAUGAUGUCGGGUAGCAACAACUCCAGCUUUCCAUCUCAAGAACUGAUUGCAAAUGACCUUAUGCACCGCCGCAGCUUAAUAGGCUCAAGCCAAUUGCAAAGCUCUCUUGAUCAAUGUGAUCCCCAUUGGUUAUCGUCAACACCUUUUCCCCGCCAUCCUUUCUCAGGGACAAGUUGGAAAGGAGAUCCGUUUGAUGGGGUCAAUCCCUAUCCAGAAAACUUUAGCCAACCCAUCAACAGCAGCCUUGUGAAUGCAUCACGGGCUAACAAUGCCUUCGUAGCCAGUGGCCUUGCUUCUGGAGCUGACUAUCCCAACUCGGGCUUCGGUGGUACUCGCAAAUCGGCCUCGCAGCUCGGCGCGAUCGGACAGACCCCCCCUUGUGGACAGGGUGGUUGAUUUCUGUACCACAUAAUUGGCUGUUUCUACACCGAUAUGACGCCAACAGCACUCCAGAGAAGGUUAGGACCCAGGUUCUAUAUCCGAAGACUAUGAGAUACCUUCAAGGAUAGGUCUUUUUCAUUUGGUUGCCUCUCUUGCCGUCCUGUCACAUCCUAAUGGGUGAAGUUUCAUUCUCACUGAAUUAUUGAUAUGCACUGAGAUGUUGGUUGAAUAUGAUGUAUUGACUUUCUAUGGCCUCAGCAACCUGGGCCACUGGAAGGUUAUUCGUCUAGCUGGAAUUCAAACAUAUGAGAUGGUUCUUACCUCACCACUCCUCUCUUCCCCUUUGUCGACAUAGUAUCUCUGAUUGCCCUUGAGAAGUACACUGAACAAGAAAACCAUCCUUUCUUUCAGAGGGAGAAUGAGUUGCAGUUUGACUGGUGAUUAUCAUGUUUUUAUGGGCCCUUCAUGGUACUUCUUAUUGUAUUUUAUCAUGACUGGUGCAAGCUGAAGAGCCUUGGAGAUAGGUAGUUUUAGUUAUCUGCUCGCGUUAGGUCUAUUCUUCAGGAGAGUCUUAGGACUCGGGAGUUUAGCUCCGCAAUUUAGUGUUCUCUGCAAA